CAAAGGGCAGGCUCUCAUUCAGCUGAGAAACAUGUGCACUUCUUUCCAAGUCCAGUGUCUGUAAAUCCAGAGCUGCGAGCAGUAUUGAUCACUGGCUCUCAAUGAGAGGAUUACCGGGAUUACAGCUAAAGGUUUGGACAGUUAAUGGUGCACCAUUAAAAAUCGAGACAGCUGUGUAAUGGGUUACAAAGCGUCUUCCAUGCAUUGGGUCCUAAGUUGCCUGUGCUUUGUGCUUCUGUCUUUCAUCAGUGCAGCUCAAGAUGAAGACUUAAGAAGCUGCCGAACAGCACCAUGUGAUUUAGUCUUCAUUUUAGACGGCUCGUGGAGUGUUGAUGAUGUCAACUUUGAAAUAGUAAAGCGAUGGCUUGUCAACAUAACAACCAGCUUCAACAUUGGACAGAAGUUUACUCAGGUUGGUGUGGUCCAGUAUAGUGAUGACCCACUUUUAGAAAUACCUCUGGGGAAGUUCUCCUCAAACAAAGACCUUAUCAAAGCAAUGGAGAAGAUUGAGUACCUGGGAGGAAACACAAGAACGGGGACAGCCAUUAAGUUUGCCACUGACAGAUUGUUUGGACUCUCUGAAAGGGGUCCAUUAGGCAUUUCCAGAAUUGCUGUUGUCCUCACAGAUGGGAAAUCUCAAGAUGAGGUCCUACAAGCAGCAGAGGCAGCAAGAAAAAAAGGGGUAAUUCUAUUUGCAAUUGGAGUUGGGCCAGAGAUAGAAAAGGCUCAGCUGAGGGACAUUGCAAACAAACCUUCUUCAACCUAUGUGUUCUCUGUUGAGGACUACAAAGCAAUUUCCAGGAUUAUACAGGUCAUACGUCAGAAACUAUGUGAAGAAACUGUUUGUCCAGCAAGAAUUCCCAUAAAUUCCCAUAAUGAGAAGGGCUUUGAUAUUCUCUUAAGUUUAAAUUUGGCUAAAAAAGCCAAAAAGACACAAGGGUCAUUUUACGGCACUAAGGCAUAUGAAGUUACAUCUUUUGUUGACUUGAGUGAGGCUACAAGGAGUCUUUUUCCCGAUGGUCUCCCUCCAUCAUAUGUUUUUGUGGCCACGCUGAGAUAUAAAGGAUCUGUAGGUGUAGAGCAGUGGGACCUGUGGAGAAUACAGACCCGUGACGGAACGCCUCAGAUGGCAAUGACUCUUGACGGUCUGGAUAAUACCGUCAUGUUCACAACAACCAGCAAUGCACCAAGUAAAAUUCAAACUGUUAAAUUUUCACAACAGACAGCAAAGCUGUUUGAUGAAAAAUGGCACCAGUUGCGGCUACUGGUAACUGAAGAGGAUGUUACUCUUUAUGUUGAUGACCUGGAAAUGGAGACACGGCCACUCGAGCCCUCUGUUGGCAUUUUCAUCAAUGGAAAAACCCAAGUCGGAAAAUAUGUAAAUAAGGAAACAACUGUGCCAUUUGAAAUCCAGAAACUUCGCAUUUACUGUGACCCUGAGCAGAACACCAGAGAGACCGCAUGUGAAAUACCUGGAGUUUGCUCCAACAGUGCUGAUUACAUUGAACCAACACAGGAACCAUGUGUUUGUCCUCCUGGACCUCCUGGACCUCCAGGAACAACAGGGGAAAAAGGAAGCACUGGUAUCCCUGGUCAGCCUGGACCCGCUGGUGCUGAUGGUAAGCCUGGUAUUCCUGGCCUCAGAGGAAUUCCUGGGUUUCCAGGUCCGCCAGGACUUAAGGGGGCACGUGGAGCAGAUGGAUACAAGGGCGAGCAAGGGAGACCAGGUGUUUUGGGUGAGAGGGGUAUGCCUGGAUUACCUGGAUUGCCUGGACAGCAAGGAGAGAAGGGAUCAGUAGGAUUACCAGGAAUUGCAGGGUUACCUGGUAUACCUGGUCAAAUGGGUGAAAAAGGAAGUAUAGGACCUCCCGGGCCACCUGGUUUUCCUGGAACCCCUGGUUUCCCUGGGAGACAUGGCGAGGAUGGAAUUCAAGGAAGUCCUGGUCAAAAGGGUGAAGCUGGAGCCAUUGGUAUUCCUGGUUCUGACGGAAGGCAAGGCCAUCCUGGUGUUCCUGGUUUACCAGGAGAUGCAGGCCUGAAUGGACAAAAGGGGGAAACUGGUGAGCCUGGACAAAAGGGAAUCAAAGGAUCCGCUGGCCCAUCUGGGGAAAUGGGCUUGCCUGGUGAACCUGGUAUAAAGGGCCCCAUUGGACCUAAGGGCAACAAGGGUGAAAGUGGAAACCCAGGAAUAAGAGGAUCACCAGGGCUCAUGGGAAAUGCAGGGGAACCAGGAUUGCCAGGUCAGCAGGGACACCCCGGCAUGCCAGGCCUGAAGGGGAGCAAGGGAGAAAGGGGAAGUACGGGUAAUACAGGAGCAAUGGGAGUAAAAGGUGAUCACGGAGAACAUGGACGACCAGGAGUUCCAGGAUCACCUGGUCCAAUGGGAUUAAAGGGAGAGAAAGGGACAGCAGGGGAUCCAGGUCAGAGAGGGCCAGAAGGUCAAAUGGGGCGGCCUGGACAACCAGGUCAAUUAGGCCAAACUGGGCCCCAAGGGGUUCGAGGGGACACAGGCCCUCCUGGCCCACCAGGACCUGAAGGCAGAUCUACAAGUGAAAUGUCAGACAGUCACAUUCGGCAAAUCUGCAGAGACAUUCUCAGAAGUGAGCUGCCUUUAUUGUUGCUAAGCAACCAGCAGAGUAGCUGUACAAGAUGUCAAGGCCAGCCUGGAUCACCUGGUCCACAAGGUCCAGUUGGUCCCCAGGGACUCAGAGGUCUUCCAGGAAUUAGUGGUUCUAGAGGACACCCAGGUAGACCAGGGCAUCCCGGGAUUAUAGGGCUCAAAGGAGAACCGGGUUACAAAGGUGAGAAGGGGAGCCCUGGUCAACUCAUGGUUGGAGACCAGGGUCCUCCUGGGCCUCCAGGGCCCAUUGGUCCCCAAGGGUACAGCAAACCAGGUCCUCCUGGUAAACCUGGGCUUCCUGGUGAAAAUGGAACAGAGGGUAAACCAGGUAAUCCCGGUGUUCCUGGGCAGCCCGGGUUAUGUGACCCAUCCCUGUGCUAUGCUAGCAUAAUGAGAAGGAGUUCCUUCAGCAAAGGCCCAAACUAUUGACGGAUUUUAUUGUCGCUAAUGGCUCAAAUCUUAAUCUGAUGUGGAACAAACAGCCAUUCUCAGGAAGAUUUCCUCUCUACAGUUUCUCUCUGACAUGGAAACUAAAAGUACCUCUUCUGACUUUUUUGUGAUCACAUUCAACAUCAUUCUAUUUUUUAAUAUGUGUAUUGAAUAUAAUGAAGAAUACUAUUAUUAUUAAGUCUUUUAACAUCUUUUAAGGUUUUCAGGGUGUUAAGAGACGAAAAAAAUUGGCUCCUUUGAAUACCUCCAUCUGAGAACCUUGAAAUCUUGUUUGUCAUGUGGCUGGUACACUUCCCAAUAGUGCCCCCUGGUGUUGUGUCAGUGAAUGAUGCUCUCUACCAACUUCACUGCACAGUCAUUGGGUGCUACUUCAUGUUUGAAACUAUAUUUUUUACAACAAUUACAUGUUUUGUUGUUAAUAUCAGCAUACAUUUUCUGUAAAACUGGGAUGUUUUGAUUUUGUCUUACUGAUCAUGAUCUCCUGUGAGCAUUUUGUUUUUUUUACCAUUUUAAGCAGCUACAUUGUGUAUAACCUGAGAUAAAAUAGCACUGUCCCCCACAACAAUUAUAUGUUUUUAUAAUGUCUACUCUUCAUAUUUAGGAUGGAAAUGUUUGAAAGAUUUGUCAUGUAAAAAUGUGGCAUUUCUGACAUUUUACUGUUUCUACACUCCCAAGGUUCUGUUUUAAAUUUUGUAUUAGGUAUUUUAUUGUUAUUUAUGGAAGAGUCAUAUAUGUGCAUUGGAGCAGUGACACAUCUUUAACACUUCACUUUUGUAAUGUUAAUAUUUUGUGACCUUUGUAUGUUUUGUCAUUUUUUUUAAACUAGAAUUAAAAUUUGAAAACACCUUAAAUAGAAAUAAAUUUGUUUCACUCCUAAA